AGUUGUGGAGAAUGAGCGGAGAGAAGCCCGCCUUGAGGCUGCACCGAUAAGGAAAAAAAAAAAGAACCCCGUAAUUCUCAUUUGGAAACACAAUUUGAUGGAAGAUUCUGCAGACCAAGCAGAGGAGCCAAUGACGGGCAUGCUGGACUCUGCGGGGGAGGGCAGCUCACCGAGCGUGGAGCAGGCAGCAGUGGAGGGCUGCAAGCCUGCGGCUUCUGUCUCCGACCCUGUUCCGGAAGCCGCGACACAAGAAACCGCCGUUCAAGACGGAGAGCAGCAGGAGCAGGAGCAGCAAGUCCUGCCGUCGGAAGAAUCGCCGGGCAGUCCGACCAACAUGGAGCUGGAGGACCCCUCGAAAGAGACCCCGGACGAUGGGACGGUGGCCGACGACUUGGCCGCCAUUGAGGUGCCUUUCCCAGCAGAGUACGAGAAGUUCUGGAAGGUGGUGGAGGAUAACCCUGAGGACUUCACUGGGUGGACGUAUCUUCUGCAGCAUGCAGAGCAAGAGAAUCACAUUGUGGCGGCGCGGAAGGCCUUCGACGCCUUCUUCUCGCGGUAUCCAUAUUGCUACGGCUACUGGAAGAAGUACGCUGACGUGGAGAGGCGGCAGGGGAACAUAAAGCACACCGAGGAGGUGUACCGACAAGGCCUGCAGGCCAUCCCUCUCAGCGUGGACCUCUGGCUGCACUACAUUAGCUUCCUGAAGGAAACGCUGGACUCCGGUGACGCAGACACAGAGACCAGAAUCCGAGCUGCAUAUGAACAUGCAGUGCUGGCGGCAGGCACAGAUUUCCGCUCUGACCGGCUCUGGGAGGCCUAUGUUAAUUGGGAAACGGAGCUGGGGAACUUGGCAAAUGUUACGGCCAUCUACGAUCGCAUUCUGGGUAUUCCCACCCAGUUGUACAGCCAUCAUUUUCAGAGAUUCAAAGAGCAUGUGCUGGGCAACCUGCCCAAGCACUUCCUGUCUGAGGAGGAGUUCAUCCGUCUGCGGCGUGAGCUGGCCACAGUGAAUGGGAUUGGUGGGGCGGAGGUACCACCAAGUGAUGAUCUUCCACCUGGCACAGAGGACCUUACUGAUGCUGCUAAGCGUAUCACAGAAAUUGAAAACAUGCGGCACCGAGUCAUUGAGACGCGUCAGGAGGUGUUUAAUCACAAUGAACAUGAGGUCAGCAAGCGGUGGACCUUUGAGGAAGGGAUUAAGCGGCCAUACUUUCAUGUGAAACCUCUGGAGAAAGCUCAGCUGAACAACUGGAAGGAGUACCUGGACUUUGAGAUCGAAAAUGGAACCCCGGAGCGGGUUGUUGUGCUCUUUGAGAGAUGCCUGAUAGCCUGUGCCCUGUAUGAGGAAUUCUGGAUUAAGUAUGCCAAGUAUCUGGAAAACCACAGCAUUGAAGGUGUGAGGCACGUCUACAUGAAAGCAUGCACAAUGCAUCUUCCCAAGAAGCCCAUGGUUCACUUUCUCUGGGCUGCUUUUGAGGAGCAGCAGGGGAACAUUGAAGAGGCACGGGGGAUCCUGAAGGCGCUGGAGGAGGCGGCACCAGGGCUGGCCAUGGUGCGGCUGCGCAGGGUCAGCCUGGAGCGCCGCCACGGCAACCUGGAGGAGGCGGAGACUCUGCUGCGCGAUGCCAUCAAGAACGGGAAGACCGCCAACGAGUCCUCUUUUUAUGCCAUCAAACUGGCGCGCCAGCUUUUCAAGGUUCAGAAGAGCCUUCAGAAGGCUAGGAAAGUGCUGAUGGAAGCCAUCGAAAAUGACCAGAGUCCAAAGUUGUACCUCAACUUGUUGGAGCUGGAAUACAGCAGUGACCUCAAACAGAAUGAAGAGCAGAUCCUGUCGGUCUUUGACAGAGCCUUGAGCAGUUCGCUGUCUAUAGACACGAGAAUCACCUUCUCCCAGCGCAAAGUAGAGUUUCUAGAAGACUUUGGCAGUGACGUCAACCGGCUCAUGUUGGCAUACGAUGAACAUCAAAAACUUCUGACAGAACAGGAUUCGUUGAAGAGAAAAGCUGAAAAUGGAUCACAAGAACCAGAGUCAAAGAGGCAACGUACUGACGAUUCUACUGUGGUCACUGGGCAGAUGAUGGCAGCAGACAUGCACACCAACCACUCUGCUUACAACUACAACUGGUACCAGUACAACUAUCAGACGCCGUGGAACUAUGGACAGUACUACCCUCCUCCUCCAACGUGAUUGAACCUUCUGGAGGACAGCUUUAUUUUUAAUAAAACCUCAUACUCUAGUCUGCAAUAGGCACCUUGUUCUUUCCCUUUUUUAACAUAUGGGAAAUUGUCCUGCCACCAUUGACAAAGGAGCAUCGAGGACAUCAGCAGAGUUUUUUUCUGGUGUUUUUUUUUCUUGCUUCUUAUAUGGGGAAAAAUGUGAAUUGCUUACAGAAAAGUGCUUUAAAAGUUAAAAUGUGGUUGUUUCCUUCAUACAUUCUGGGUUUUCAAAAGAAAAAUUAUCUAAACUAGGUCGCGGACCUGUAAAGUUUUAUAAAUGCCGCUUUUUGUUUCUAUUUGUUAUUUCUAAGAUUUCAUUAAUGUGAAAUGCCAUAAUUAGUUUUGCAAAUACCCAGUAAUCUGAAAGUUUUCUGUGAGGUGUGAGGUUUUUUUCUUGAACAAAUACUGAAAUUGAGGGAUCUAAUUUUUUUUAUUGUGACUUCAUACUUUAAUUUCAUAAAAUAAAAUGGCUAUAAUACACAAAGUAUUUUGUUUUACUUGGAGUAUGAGUGAUUUGAAUUGUGGUUGCUGGUGUGUUGCCGUAAUCAAUCUCGCCACUGAAUUUUGGUAUAGUAGGUUGGUACUCCGCCUGACUUCGACAUUUCUAGGCAGAGACCUUUGAGGUUUGACUCGCUCACCCUGCCUAUAUUUUAUACAGGGCCCCACAGAAUACUUCACAUGAACAUGCAUAACUUGUAUAAAAAUGUUAAAGCAGUAAGUUAAUUUUAAUCAGACAGAGCAGGUACGAGAGGUAUUGUGCACCUGUUCUUGAUGUCCAUCAGACUUCAAUAACUUCUACGAUUUGCAAGGAUC